AUGGCUGCUUCGUCAUCUUCUCCAUCAUCUCUACACCUCAAAUUCUCCUCUCGCACAUCACCCUCAAAAUUACACCUCCCCUCAAAGUCUUUCAUGGGACUCAAAACACGCCCAAUCACCACGGCUGCCCUGUCAGAAAAAUCACAAAGGACGGCGCCGCCGCCGCUGCCGCCGCCGAAUUCCUCCAAGCUCCCCCUCCGCAAAAUCCCCGGAGACUGUGGUCUCCCCAUCAUCGGUCCCUGGAAGGACCGGCAGGAUUUCUUCUACAACCAGGGCCGGGAAGAAUUCUUCAAAUCCCGAAUAAAAAAAUACAACUCCACCGUCUUCCGCACAAACAUGCCGCCGGGACCCCUCAUCUCCUUCAACCCCAACGUCGUCGUUUUGCUCGACGGUAAAAGCUUCCCGACACUCUUCGACACCGACAAGGUCGAGAAGAGGGAUCUCUUCACCGGCACCUACAUGCCCUCGCCGGAGCUCACCGGCGGCUACCGCACCGUCUCCUUCCUCGACCCCACCGAGCCCAACCACGCCAAGCUGAAGAAGCUCGUCUUCUUCCUCCUCUCCCACCGCCGGGAGCACGUGAUGCCGGAGUUCAGCGCCUGCUACUCGGAGCUCUUCGAGAGCCUGGAGUCAGAUCUGGCGGCCCGCGGGAAGGCCGAUUUUUGCUCCGCCAACGACCAGGCGGCGUUCAAUUUCCUAGCGCGUGCGUUCUACGGCGCGGACCCGCGCGUGGGCAUCCUCGGGUCGGACGGGCCGAAGCUGGUGAGCAAGUGGGUGCUGUUCCACCUCCACCCCCUUCUGAUUUUGGGCCUCCCGCGUCUGAUUGAGGACGGCCUCCUUCACACGUUCCCCCUCCCGCCUUUCCUCGUGAAGAAGGACUACCGGAAACUCUACGAUUUCUUCUACCAGAAUUCCACGGCCGUCCUCGAGCACGCGGAGAAGCUAGGGAUCGGGCGGGAGGAGGCCUGCCACAACUUAGUCUUCACCACGUGCUUCAACUCCUUCGGGGGGAUGAAGAUCCUGUUCCCCAACAUGAUGAAGUGGAUCGGGCGGGCGGGGGCGGGGGUCCACGCGCGCCUGGCGGAGGAGGUCCGGUCGGCGGUCGGGCCCGGGCCUGGGCCCGUCACGAUGGCGGCCAUGGAGGGGAUGCCGCUGGUGAAGUCGGUGGUGUACGAGGCGCUGCGGAUGGAGCCGCCGGUGCCGUCGCAGUACGGGCGGGCGCGGCGGGAUCUAGUGGUGGAGUCGCACGACGCGGCGUACGAGGUGAGGGAAGGGGAGAUGCUGUACGGGUUCCAGCCGUUCGCGACCCGGGACCCUCGGAUCUUCGAGCGGGCGGAGGAGUUUGUGCCAGGGAGGUUCGUGGGGGAGGAAGGGGAGAGGCUGCUGCGGCACGUGGUGUGGUCGAACGGGCCGGAGAGCGGGGCACCGACGGUCGACAACAAGCAGUGCGCGGGGAAGGACUUCGUGGUGCUGGCGGCGAGGAUGCUGGUGGUGGAGCUGUUCCGCCGGUAUGACUCGUUUGAUGUUGAGGUGGCGCCGUCGCCGCUGGGGGCCUCCGUCACGCUCACGUCUUUGAAGCGGGCAAGUUAUUAG